CUUCAAGUUUACACCCUUCCAAAUCUCAUUGUAUAUUACCAUCUUUCAUGUUUCCAAUUCUCGCUCAACGCUAGUCCUCACAUCAGCAAUCCCCCUUCUUUCCCGUUCAAGGCCAUGAGCGAACCAGACGUCAACAACACAACUCGCAUUCUCACUGCAAACGCAGGCAAUGGCCUCGCAGCUUCCCAAAACAUUCCAGAAGGCUCUCUGAUUAUCAAAAUUUCAAAUCCCUAUCUCACCCUCCUCGAGAAGGCUCACCUCGACAGCACGUGCUCGUGGUGCUUCACGAAGCCCGAGAAUAGCACUUUAAAGAACUGUGGCGGCUGCAAAGUAGUUCGAUAUUGUUCGUCCGAUUGUCAGAAGAAGGAUUGGCAGGCAAUCCACAAGAAAGAGUGCAAGAUUUUGAAGACCUCACCCGAUGUCUUACCUACACCGACGCGGGGUUUACUGCAAUUGGCGUUGAGGCAUAAAUUUAGGGACGAGCCGGACCCAAAAUGGGAGGGAUUGGUGAUGAAUAAGACUCAACUGAUUGAAGCGGGAAGAUAUGACGAACUCACGUUGCAGUCAAUGAUUGCGGCGAAAUAUAGUGGAAGAGGAGACCGGUGGGUGUUUCUUGGAGCCCAAGUCCUCUGCCAGAUGUCUUCCAAUGCUUUCCGCGUCACUCUCCCCGAUGACACUCCAAUCGGACUCUGCUUUGAACCCACUCUUGCCCUCGCCAACCAUUCCUGCUCCCCGAACGCAGUGGUAGUCUUCGAUGGUCGAGCUAUAUCUUUCCGAGCAUUAUCAGAUAUCAAAAAAGGAGAAGAAAUACGUAUAUCCUACAUCGAGAACACGCAGACCAGGGAAAAUCGUGGAGCAGAGCUUGAACAUCGAUACUUCUUUACUUGCCAGUGUGAAAAAUGCUUCAAGGACGAGACAGCAUAUCAGACCUUCCUCCGUCUUGGUCCUCAAAUUGUCACCAGUCCCCCCGACAGGUUGAUCAACAUGCUUAUAGACCCAACAUCCCUCCCGAAAAACGCAACAAGUUGUCUCGACAGCUAUAACAAGCUCUCUUUAGACCCCCAGAUCUCACAGGCAUUGAACAGUGGACAGAACUCCCUCGACGCCUAUCUCAAAUCUUCGACAGACUCACCUCCUUCUGAACGCCUAUCAUUUCUCCGUAACCUGUGCUCAGGACACUUUUUCGGAAUCCCUGCCAUCGCACCUAGCCCUGCGGUUCAGCACAACAUCUUCCUCAUCCACCUCGACAACCAAUCCUGGAUCCCCGCUCUGAUCUUCCUCCUCUCCCUAGCCCUCCACACGGACCCCUACAACUACCCCGCACCACACCACCUCGUACGAGUUGUGCGAAUUUUCACCAUAGCAAAGCUGUUCAAAUUUCUCUCGACCCUAUCUCCACCGGAAUUCGUGCUGUUGUUGAGCGAUCAGGACAUAGAAACAAGGGAUUCUAUACAGAAAAUUGUCCCUUUACUUGAUUUCAUGGAUGUGCUGCAAGUGUUGAUGGCAAUUGUGUCUGAAGAAGUGGGGAAGAGUCAUGGUGUGGGGAGCAGAUUUGCAAAGGAAAUUGAGGCUGAGGUGGAGGAUUUGAGGGAGGGGCGGAAGAUGGCUGGAGGACGCAAAUCUGGAGAGGCAUUGGAGAGAUGGUUGGUUGAUCGGAGGAAUGACGAGGGUGCGAAGGCUGCCAAGCGUGUAGUUCAGGUGCUUUGGGCGCUGGCAAAUUGUGUUAAGACUCUGGUGGGUGUGAAUCUAUAAGAUUUGUCUAUCGACGAACAAAAGAAGGGGGAUGGGGGAAUUAUUAUUUGUACAAGCAGAUUUUCAAUUUGUACUCGAACAGAGACUAGAG